AUGGAGAAAUUCCUCAAGAGGAAACCGUUAACUCCUACAUCAGGGAAAACCACCGAAAAACCAACGAGCAAUCAUUCCAACGAGCGCGAAGAGUCUAAUGUGAAAAAUCGUCGUUCGGAAUCGAAUCUGUUGUGGACGAACGUCCGAGGUAACAUUAACGCUGUUAACGCUUUAUUUGAUGUGGCUAAAUUGUCGCAUUUGAAGGGUGAAGUGCAACAAAUUGAAUUUUCUGAACCGCUUUUGUCCGGAGAUUACCGUUUGCUACAAGUGGAUCCCGAACUAGCCGAUCAGAUUGAGAAAGGUUCAAGUUUGACAUUCCGUGGUGAGUUGGAUGACUAUCCUGUGCUAUGUACGAAGGAUGCGACGUACUGUGUGAAGGAGGCCGAAACGUCGAAUACACUCUUGGUUUUACCUCAGUUGGAUUUUACCAAUGAUAAGGGUGAUGAAAGCGAGCGAGUUCUGGCAACGCGUAAGGUGAUCGCGAUGCAGUCCAGAUAUCUGGAAUUGAAGAAGGUCAAUGUGGUAUCGUCGAGUCGUCUUAGAGAGUUGUUGCGAGAAAAUGAAUUGCAGUGGGACGCAGACGAACAAGCUGACGAGAACAUGGAACAGAAUGCAAAAUUAUAUACAUUUGAUGACCUGUUGGAUGUUGUGCAAAUGAGUGAAGUGCAGUUGAGGCAAGCUCUACAGCAUUUGCCUGUUAUUCAACAAAAUGGUAUGAUUUUAUGGAAUUGA